CGCAUAUAUAAAAAGGUACGGUACAUGCUGCGCUGGGAACGGGAACGCGAACGAAGGAUCAAGUUGUUCAAAAAUGUUUACUGUUCUCCCCCGAAUUACAAGCUUAUCUACUAGAGCUUUUUCUUGCUUGACCACCUAUGGAAAUAAAACUUUUGUAAAAUCAGUUAGUAGAAGUGGAGCCCUAUCAUCAUGCUGGUCCUCCUGGUCUCUGAAUGCUUCAUGGCUUAUUAAGUUCAAUCAAAAGAAUGGCAAUACAGAAAGAUAUUACUCCAGUGAUGAAGCAUCAGGUUUACCUCUGGUUACAAGCAGAGAAUUACUUCACUCUGAUCCAACAUUAGAACCUGUUCAAGCAUGGCUAGAAACAAUGAAUUCACUUGAAGACAACAAACUUGGUCUCAUAGAUCUUCAUCCACAUGUCUUUGCUACAUUUCCUAGGAUAGAUAUCUUACAUAGGAAUGUUCUAUGGCAGAGAAAUUACAAGAGAAUAAGUUUAGCAAAUGCUAAAAGCAGGGCAGAGGUAAGAGGAGGUGGAAGGAAACCAUGGCGACAGAAGGGUACUGGUCGAGCUAGACAUGGUAGCAGAAGAUCACCUAUCUGGGUUGGAGGUGGUAAAGCAUUGGGGCCAAGAGGUCCUAGAAGCUACUGGUAUGUAUUACCUAAUGAAAUAAGAGCUCAUGGUCUGAGGGUUGCGCUCACUGUUAAAUUGACCCAAGACGAUCUUCAUAUAGUAGACUCACUUGACAUCCCAUCAUCCGAUCCUGGGUACCUGCAAGAUCUAUGCAAGGAACGUUACUGGGGAGAAUCAGUGCUCUUUGUAGAUGUGUAAGUUUCCAAUUAUUAUUUUUCUUCUUUGAAUUGUAAGUUUGGAAAGUGACAAAGCAUUCAUGUAAAAAAACUUAAAACUGCAAUUCACACUUCGGCUUCUGUUUGUUUCUCAUUGCCAUAAUGUAGCAUUUCAUUAAGUCAUCACUGCAAACUUGUUAUUUUCAAAGUAUUGACAUUUCCAUACAUUUUGCACGUUACAACGACUGCGGUUAAAGAAAUAAAGCAACACAAAACAUUUCAGACAAUUUUGCAAGUGAAUAGGGUAAUCCCUACUGUCAACAUACAUUUCAAAGCUUCUGUUUCACUUUCCUGGGCUUGGAAAAAAAAUCCUUCAAGAUUUUAGUUUUGAUUUUGUUGCCUGUAUUCUCUUUAUUAUGAUGCCACUAUUUGACUAUAAAUAAUUGAAUUUGAAUUAUAGUUGAAUAUGGACAAUUUGAGGACAUCUUUUACAGGGGAAGUUCCCACAGAUAAAAAAAAAUGCUUUAAAAAAACAAAAAUAUUGGUGAAGAUUUGAUAAAUAAUAAUGAGUCAAAGAAUAACAGGGUUAUGAAUUUUUAAACUUUUCAUUUUUCUGAUGUCACAGAUGGGCAGCUCCUCUAUAUUCAUGUGAUAUAAACUACAGAAUUUUUUGAUAUUUGGGAUGGAUAUUUAUCAUCAGACAUAUCAUUUCACCUUGUAUUUAUAAGAUGAUCUUUUUAUUCACCAUUUUCCUUAAAAAACAGAAUUUAUGGAUUUUAAGCUGCUCACAUCAUAAAUUACAGCCUUUAUUAUUUUUCAAUGGAUUUUCACCGAACCUUGACCAAUAUCUUUCUCUAAUUUUUCUUAUCAUCAAGGUGACCUUCUCCUUUAAAGAAGAGUUACUAGGCUUACAAUUAUACCAUGGUCAAUUUGGUGAUGAAGUAACAAGAAGGUUUAGAUUAUAAUUUUGGAACUUCUUUUGAGAUAUUAAGAAGUGUGUGUGUGUCUGGAUGGGCAUGCACAUGUGUUUGAUUAGUGAAAACCUUAUCAAACUUGUUAUAGAUAUACAUGUAUAUGAGAUAUUCUCAUCAAGUUUUUGAGUUUUGUGGCAAGUAAAGUUAGUUACUCAAUGUGUAAAGUGAUGAUUGAAUAGUGAGAGUGCUGGGGCUCAUGGCAUAGAAUGUCAAUAUUACGGUAACAUUGACAUUUCCAAGGAUAUUAUGUCCUCCUAAAGAAAGAAAGUAGGACUGUACAAUUAUGGUAUGAUUUCACAAACUUCCUAGCAGCAUCACUCCCUUUUGUAAAGCAAAGGAAAAUCAUGAAAUGUAAUAUAUCAAAAUCUAUCAGAAAAUUGUAUUUUCAUUUUGAUAAGGCCAAAAAAAUUUCUCGCUCACUCACUCGCAACUUCAGGGAUUUUGCCCAUAUGCCAUGUUCUGUCCCUCAACUUCAGCUCAUUAAAUACACCGCUGACCAAGCAAACAAAAUCUGGGACUGUGAACUAUAUACAGUGUAUAUAUUUUUUACCUAAUUGGCCCACAAACUCCAUUUCCAUAGAUGCAACUCUGAAUAAAUGUAUCAUAGACCACAGCUAUCCAACGUUCUCGCCAGGUUCAUUAUGGCGGUUGGUGGCGCGAAACGACGCAAGCCGCGCAGCGGCUUCGGUGCGUGCAAAGCAUGCACGGGGGGGGGGGGUGUUGCACCUCCCGCGCGAAGCGCCGGAACUAGCGAAAAUAUCAAUAUCGACGAGCUUAGGUUGCUGCUAAAUGCAACACAUUUUAUGUCUAUUUAAUGCUUCUCCGGCCACACAGCCGUAACGGUUGCGGGAAUUGCGAUUGAAGCAGAAAAUCAAAGGCAUUACUGAUAACUUCAAAACCGUUGAAUUCAAAAGGAAAGGAUUCAAAGUCAAUCUCAUUUUAUACUUACAGUUAAUAGAUUUAUUCACAUCGAUGAUAUUGAUAAAUUUACUCCAUACUUUCCAAUGUUUAGAUCGCUACAUCCUGUAGAAAGUUUGAUUUAUUUUGUGAAUGCUUGUUGCUUCUUAUGUCAAUGACCGACUACAUCAACGGACCGCAUGCGUAGCCCCUUGCGCUGCACCAUGCCCUUAUCAAAAUCCAAAGAUUGUUCCGACUUUAUCGAAGCCUCGGAAGUUCCUAGGCUUCAAAAUACUGGGCAUCGGUAUCAUGAGACGGGGUCCCCAACUUCUAUAAUUUGCAUGUUUUUUUCAGAUACUCACUGAAACUAUAACUCUCAUAAGACUUCUGUUGAUGAUUUUUAUACUAAUAAUAUCCAAUGAAGAUUUGUUUCUCACUAUCAGUUAUUGCUAUGUUCAUUUAAGAUAAUGAAUGUGCUCACCAUGAGCAUGAGAAAUAUUUUUAGUCAUUCAUAAUGAAUACUUUAAUAUUACGAUUUUGUUGUUAUAAAAUAAUAAAUAAUCACGAUCUAAAAUUUGUUUUGAAAGGAUAGCUUAAUUGACAGGAAAGCAGAUUUCUAUUUUUACAUAAUACACUAUGUACAAUUACAGCGUGUGUGAAAGAGAGAGAAAGAGGGGGGGGUUAUAGGAUGGUCGAAGGGAGAGAGCGAAAAGGGAGGGGAUCGUGGACAGUGAAAAGGGGAUUUUGAGAUCGUGUGUGUGGGAUUGGUGAAGAAGUCAACAUUCGAAGAGAAUACACAUUUAUAGACGUAUCUACACUACUGAUGAUGAUGACGGCUGAAUCAUCUUACUUUACAUGUAUACUAUGGCGAUUUUAAAUUUAAAAGUGUUUUCUUGCACCAUGAGUGGGAAGAGGUGUGUGAUUCAAUAAAUUGCAACACAAUAUAACCAUAGGUGCAGUUUUAAAGUUACAGAAAUGCACAAACAGAUUUUUUUUUAAUGAAGAAAAAAAAAGUCAGAAAGAUUUUCUUAAUUUUAUAGCCCCCACCCAGCGUAAACAACAUGAAGAAUAUUUGAGGUCACGAAAUCAGCUGAUUAGCACUCAAACAACAGAUUAACAGGUCACGCACGUGGCACACAUUCCAAUUGCGGGAAUUCGGGGAAACCUGUUUUCAAGCACAAUAAUUGGCUCAACCCAGAAAGUGAAUACUAAUUCGAUCACGUGCCAUCGGCUUUUAAUAGGGCGUCUCGUAAUUCCACACAUUCUAACUCAUUUCAUAUAUCAUCAAAUGUUAAUAAAUCAUUUUGCUGUAAGUAAAUGAGUUGGAUAUUAUAUCAAUCCAUUCCUUUGGCUUUUUCAUUAUUAACGUGAUCUUUGAUUAGGCCCCUCCGAGCUCCGGCAGUGUCAUCGGAAAAGCAUUCAUGUACCCCGGUCCUAAGGCUGGGACUGACUGGAUGAAAUUAAAUUUCGAUCGAAUUUUGAUAUGAUUUUGGACACUCUUUACUUAUGACAAAAUAAGUGACAAUAUCAACUGAAAUUUGUAACAUCUGAAUUACAUUGCUCAACCCAGUAACCGAGGGUACCCCUCUCUCCUCACUUUAUUUUUUUAAAUAUUUAAGACGUAAAUAAUGUGAGCAAUGCGGGGUAAACAUCUUCGCGCUUGAGAAAGAGUCUUGGGCCUCGAGUGGAGGUCGUAUUGUAUAGGGUCACUCACACGUAUUGCGAGGUUAGUAUUAGUAUACUAACCUCGCACCAUGAACCGCGUUUGGCAGUGGAUUUCUAACUAGUGGGUCGCGCGUGCUGCGAUCCCGCUUCUGGUGUCCACAAUACACUACUUCUAUGGCUUGAUUUUUCUGUGCGUGGCGGCAUGUAAUGAACCCUUGAGUGGUAUAGGGUAGAGUGAGUCAAAGAAAUCCUGGGAAGAUAUCGUGGACGAAAUAAUCGACAAGUUUAUUUUAGGAUCUGAAAAGCAAAUUGUUUUUUUGGUUUUUUUUACAUAUUCAGUUUUUGGUGUAGAUCUAGGCCUGUUUUACAGUUGUUGGCCACGUUUGUCGGGGAAAUUCACGGUUGGCGGCUUUGCCCUGAAAACUUUCAGGGUAGUCGGCGCCUGCCCACCGUGACGCAUGGUAGCGAGAACGUUGCCUGAGCUAUCUAUGCCCCCCCC